GUCUAUCUCUUUGGUUUUUUUAUUUGGUUUGACUUUUGGUAUGAAACCUGUACAGUGUUUUGGAAUUUUACAGAAUUAUCUUACAUUUAUCUAAAGAUAUCAUAAUUAGCUUUAAAAUUAUUAUAUUUCGAUGAAGGAGCUUUGCUUUGCCACAGAAUACAUUUGCUAGUGUCAUGUGUGGCGUGAUCUCUGAAUACGUUUGUUUAUGCGUUGUUUGUGAAUACAAUACUGAAUAGUAGGCACUGGACAAGAACAUAGGUUCACCGUGUUGUUAGAAUGUGAAUGUCCUGUUUCUAUUUACUUUCUCACACGUCCAAAAUAUAAACACGGGAAUAUUGAAGGAAUUCCAGUCACGUUGUAAUAAACGUAGUGGUAACCUGAUGGCACCUACUAGCAUAGAAGAGCUUCCCGAGGAGCUCUUGCUGGAGGUGUUCACUUACUUACCAUUUUCGGACAUCGUCACUUGCUCCCGAGUGAGUAGGCGGUGGCAGAGCGUGACGCACAGUAGCCGCCUGUGGAGGAACUUACGGUACCAGGGCAAAGGUGAGAGCAGACUGAAGGAGGCGUUCGAGAUCACGAAGCUGGCGCACGGCUUCCACAGCCUGUCCCUGGAGCUGUGCCACGGCACGGGCGUGACGAUGUCGCGGGGCGAGAUCCUCGUGUCGCUCUCCCCGCUGGCAUGGGUGGCGUUCCGGCCGACGCUGGCGGAGGUGGUGGAGCGGCUGUCGCCGGACCUGACGGAGCUGACGGUGGCAGGUCCCGGCCACCUGGAGCACCACCUGCGCCUGGUGCAUCGGCUGCUGCUCGUUGCGCCCUUCCGCCGCCUCACAUCCUUCCGAGCGCUCUCGCAGUGCGGUACGGUGGUGGACGACGCGACUCUGGGGGUGCUCUGCGAGCACUGCCCUCUGCUAGAAACUCUCGUCCUCGAAGGCUGCCCCGCGGAUCGACUGACGGCCGCGGGCGGCCUGGCCCAACUCUACCGUCUGCCGAGGUUGCGGACCCUGCGGCUGGACCGCAAGCUGUCCUUCGAAGACUUCAGUGAGAUGGCGGCGUGUCUGAAAAAGCGACUGCGCCGACCGGACGCGGCGGUGCACUGCGGCUGCAAGGCGCACGACCUGUCCUUCCUGGCGCAGUGCCACGGGCUCGUCUCGCUGCACCUGUCGCCGUGCGACGAGUUCGCGUGCGCGCUGCCACGGCUGCGCUCUCUGACACUGAAGUGCGACGACGUGCAGGCGGUCGGAGACCGGCUGGAUGCGGCGGUGCGGGUGCUGCCGCAGCUGCGCGAGCUGUGCCUGCUCGGUCGCUGGUGGGUGGGCGACGAGCACUUACGCCGCAUCCGCGCCGUCGCGCCCGUCUCUUACCUGUACCGGUCGGAGCUGUCGACCACGGGCAAGGUGUGCCUCGGAAUCAGGUUUGAGAGGUCCUAACGUGUGCUGGGAUCGAGGGUAUUUCUCGUGUACACAGCUAUUUAACUUUUCUGUAUCCGGUGUCCAUAGAUCUCGUAGUGAGAUCUGUGAAUUGGAGUAUUGUGUAUGUAGUUUGUUUGUAUUACUGUUGUCAGUAGUUCCUUGUGCAUGUAAUACUUUUGUUUUGUUCUUUAGAGACUGUUGUUAUUUUAUUAGUGUUAGUUUAAAAAGGAAAAUUCACUGUGUCAGUAUAGGCAGAAACGCUGACCAAAACUUCCCUUCAGAAGGUGAAAUAUUUAACACUGCCAAGAAGGAAAGACUGGUACGUUGGGGAAGGUUUAAGAAUGAGAAUGCGUUGUGAUACCCUGGAUUGAACAGCAAAGUUACUAAACUUGCUGUCGCUGAUGAAACAAGUGAGAGCACUGAAUUCUCUGGCUCUUUAGAAAUGUUUGUAGUCACCUGCACUCUGCAAGUUGUAAUGCACCUCUUUCUCAUGUUAAUUAUUGUCAGUAGUAUAUUGAGCUACAAAAUAUCAUUUCAGACGUGUGUGGUCUCCCUGGUGUGCCUAGUCGGCCACAAGUCCCCGUCACGCUGUUCACUCUAACAACAGAGUACAUACAGGGUUGAAGAUGUGGAGAAAGAAAGGUAUCGUCACACUUUGAAUUUAGAGUAAUAUAACUUUCUUACCUUUAUUGGUCGUUGUUGCACGCUCGUGGCCCAGUGACGAAUUUCGCCAUCCGCUGUUUGUUAAAUCAAGUUGAGGUCCAAGGUGUGUAUUCUGCUGCGUAAGAACUGACACAUAUUUAAACUUCCAACUUUUAUUUUAUAAAUGCUGAUCGUGACGAUAUUCAGUAAUUUUCAAUGUAACAGCUUUUCCAAUACAUCAUUUCGUUCCCUCUAUCCUUGACCUUCUCAAAGCAAGCGUAUUACGAGACAUCUCAACACCAACUGCCCACUGUCUCUACACCCGCCAACAACUGGCUCCUGUUUAUAGAGCUUACAAACUGUGCAGUACUGCCAACCUUGGUUGUAUAUCGAUAUUUUACACAUCACACGUGUACGUAUAUGGAAAACAUACUAUGAAAAAUGAAAAGUGUCUAUAAUAUAGUUCGUGGCAAUAUACCUCAUGAUUGUCCUCAUAUUAACAGUUUUGUAACAGAAUAAUAAUAUUUCAGUUUAUGUUUACAUAAUUAAAGUUCACUUGCUCCUUCAAGUUGAUUCACAGCACUGCACACCUCACUAGCCGGUGGUAUCGGAAGUUUCAUUAGUCCGUUACAUUACAAAGUGUAGGUCAGCAAUGUCUUGCUGAAAGUCUCAAAAAUUUCAUUUGAAGUAGACCUGUUCGUAAAAAGACAUAGAUGACAUGCAAGAUCAUUUAUAUUCUUUAUUAGUUUGUCGGUCAAACUUUAAAUUAGCCUAAAUGCACGUUCCUCCAAGCAAAAGAGCAAGAGUUGAACCCGAAGAGGUGCAUCGCAACACGGAUGUUGAUUAGUCCACAAAAUACUAGUAAUUUCCCAACAUUUACAUUGUCUAGUUCAUUUCCUGUAUCCGGUACACACUUUAGUGUAAGUCACAACAUCACUGACUUUAAACAUUUCUGCAACUUUGUAAAUGAUUCCUUAAUGCAGCCGAUCAGACACUCGAGCUACCGUUCUACCAGUGCCAGCCGCUGUGCGUUCCUGUGACGGUUUCUCCUGUCUCGAAUUAUGCUUUCUGCCUUACACCGGACAGAGACGGAACCUCCAAUUGCCUUCCUGCAAAGCUACUUUUACUAUGUAGAACAACAGACUAUGUACUCUGGGAACAAUCUAUUUUAUUGGCCAGGCUACAGCUCAAACUAAGUGUGCAACUCGGUCGUUUCACUAUAAUGUCUCGUCCGGCAGAUUUUUGUCAUCACUCUUCUCUUUUCUUACUUCUACGUUCUUAGAUCUGUGUCGACAAAAAAAAUAUUACAUAUAUAAAUACACAAUGAUCAGUGUUCAAUAUCAAAUUUAAAUACAGUAGCACUUUCGACAUGGAAUCGGCCUGCUUUUUGGUACGGACCAUUUUAACCCUUUAAGUUGGUAGUUUCCGGGCGUAAGCCUAGCCUACUGGCGGUAGUUUAUACGGCCGGCUGGCUCCAAAAUCCAGCAUUUCAGUGAAAUUGCCCUAGGUUGGGAAUUACUUGUUCAAAUGUUACUAAAAUUUCAGGAAUUGGUAUCAAUACGUAUCUAUUACGAUUAAAACAUACAUUGUCACUUAAAAUGAAUUUUGAGUGUGGUAUAUUUUGAAACAAUCUUCGAAACAGUCCUACACCACAGUCCUUGCACCAGAACGAUGUUUCCCCGUCUUCUUGCAGCAGACUGCACAUAUCUUUGUAGGCUUAACUCUUCUUCCCUGUGGGUGGGAUCUUCUCAAUAAAAUGCCUCGCUGUGAGCCGUUCGGGCACAGGAGUUUUUGAAGGUUGCCCACAUCGAGGUGAAGUUACAUUCUUCCUGUCAAUUUCCAGCGAUUGUGGUACGAGCAAAAAGCCUGAAAUUUAUAUGUGUUUCUUCCGUUGUUUUUUUUUUUUUUGCUAGCAUUGUAAACAAUAAAAGCAUUUUGUACUGCAACAUUCAUCAGCCUUCUAAACAUUUUCAUACACCUCUUUACACCUUUCUUCCUUUCCGUGAGAAAAGAUUGUAGUUUCUGAUCUUUCAAAUCUACACCGCCCAUGAAAUUGUUGUACUCUUUUUUGCGUGAGGCUCUCUUACCUCAUUGCCCCUUUUGGUUGCCGUAACAACUGCAUCAUUAUGAAAUGUAAAAAUAAAGGCAACCUGCAUUUUAUCCAUCCAUUUCGGUGCCAUUACGCCGUGUGAAUGAUAUGCUAUGAGUUCACCUUUCUUCAGUUUUGCAUGUCUCAAGGCAUCAGGUACAUUGUUCGUAUUCAGUCGAUGUGUGCCAGCUACAUUCAUACCUCUUUCCUUCAAAAAGUGGCACAAAAGUAUGCGGUAAUAAUAAUUGUCCAUCCAGAACAUAUGGCCUCAGUUGAAAAGGUGCUCAACAAGCUUCCCUACAAUCUAACUGGUUUUUAUGGUAUCUGCAGAAAGAAAUUUCUUUUCUAUUUCUGUAGAACUUCUUGCAUAAAUAAUAAAUUGCCAUAAAUAACCUGUGGAAGAUUCACAGAUCUCGUAGGACUUUAUACCAAACUUUGCCGAUUUUAGAGGUAGAUAGGUUUUUAUUGCCAGCCUUCCUUUCCAUAACGUAAGAGAUUAAUCGACAGAAAUGUUUUCUCCCGUGUUGUAUGUAUUUAUAAAUGUAUCAUUCAAGUGCUGAAUGGUGGAACCCAACUUGAACAAUCUCUUAUUGCCUUCAAAUGUAUUCGGUUCUUCAUUUCAUUACAAAAUGAAGGAAUCUGCGAAGUAGCUCAAACCUGUCAUGUUGCAUACUGUGGUAAAAAAAAUUGGCAUGUUCAAAAGCAGAUGCUUGCUGAAAUAUGUCUUUAUGGAUGGCUUCUGAAUAAUUCCCAUCAACAUCUGCAGUGCGAAAAACACAUACAGCUCAUCUUUGUCAGUAUCUACCCAGUUACGUAGGCUAGAACGAGGUUGUAGAACAGUCUGUUUUUGUAUAUAAUCUGCAGCAUAACUGUUACUUUCACACACAAUUGUUUCUACGGCGGUUUCACCGAAAUACAGCUUGAAUGCUUCAGCUGCAGAAUUUACCCAUAUCGCAGGUCAACAUUUACCAACGAAUGGUGUUUUCAAAGAGACAUAAGAGCUGUCAACUUCUUGCAAUUUCCAGUCUUCUUCAUUCCAUGCACGUUUCAGUGGCACACCUUGUUCGAUAUCAUUGUCACUGUCCGCCGUUUCUUCUUCACUUCUUUCGGGUGUUUCUUCCAAACAGUCAAAAUCACUUUCAUCGUCAAUGUCUAGAUCACCUCCGCUGUCAUGUACACUAUCUAAACCAUUUGUCAGUUCAUUGAGAAUUGCGAGAAUUUGCUCUGAAGUAAGACUGCACAAAAUGUUCGGCUGCAUCGUUUUGGGUUGGAGAGUGUCGCUCGGACUGUAAGAUACGACACGUUAUUUCUCCCGACUGCUUCACUUUGUGACAAAGAUCUUCGAAGCAGAGCAGCACAGAUAUGUCUGUAGUUAGCUGACAAAGUAGUAUCGGCUGUCAUCAACAGAUGGCAGAGCAAUACAGUUUUACCUAGAGAGCCUGUAUAGGGAGAGAGUGGCCAAAACGACGAAAUGGCGGCCAUUUUUCUGCCAAACUGCAGACGGGACUUUUGAAUGGCCAGUAGUGGAGUACACACUCACCGAAUCAAAAGCACAAGACAAUAUGGCGAAAUCAUUUGUUAAAUGCCUUUCUUUACAGCUAUAUUAUACUCAUAGUAGCCUACUACGUAUAGCACAGGGAAAUUUGAUACAGUGGCUGUAAAAACUAUUAGUUACUUGCAUUUAUCUCCUUUAAAGUUCGUUUACUGGACAUGUUGCAAUGAAAGUAAUGUAAAUAAAAAAAAUAUAUAGUGUAUAGCAUUUUUUUGUAUCGAAAGUGCAUAAUGCUAAAGAUUUAACGUACCUGUGUUAUGCCAGAUGAAUGAAAGUCGUAAGCAGUUGUUUACUUGUGACAUGCAAAAAGUGUGAGACGUAUUAGUACUUUUUGUAUGUCACAAGACGCGCACAUACUUGAGUACCUCUCGUAGAUAACAAACGAAAAAGAUUACAAAAAUCAGGUAAUGUCAAAUGUAGGCUACUGUAAUAAUGACCAAAUAUAACAUGAAAAUGACCGUAACCCUUCUAUCCCACAGUAAGUAGGCCUGUUAAAACUGUCUUCAAGAGUACCUACAGUUAUUUACUAUGAAUAAUGUUUCAGUAACCACAACAACUGCGAAAACGUGCUUACAACUUGCCUGCGUCAACAGUCAGGCAAUGAUACUGAAACCAAAAUAAUGCCUAGUGUUCCAAUUCAGAACGAAGUAAAGUUUGACGCUAUAAAGUCGAAUGAGCAUGGCACAAAAAUUACAGGAACUUUCCGUUUCCAGCAAGGACUGUCAGAUAUUGGCUUCAGAAAAGCUUGUGAUGCUACCAGUAUGCACGAACUGUUAAAGAAAUAAGAGCUUAAAAAUGCAGUAAAUUGUAGUAAGCCUACCUGUUUUGCGUGACUAAUAAUAUGUUAAAAAAUGGACACCUUAAAAUCGGAGUUCUCUGAGCAGAGUGAAAAGUCACAUUUUUAUAGGUUUAACUAAAUAAAUAUUUCGGAUAAUAUAUACCAUUAAGAAAGUUGUACCUGUACAAGAGUUACUCAAUCCUUUCUGACUAGGCAUUUCAGACUGCAACAAGAAGUUACAAAUUUUGCCAAAGAUUACCAAAUUCAAAAUAUUCUUGUUUCUAGUACAGUAGAUAUUUGGAACCUCUGUUUCUCACAAAUAUGAAACGUCAAGUUUCAAGUUAAUAUAUCAGUAAUGAGUAGCAGCCUGCAACCAAUCAAUGCAUUGAAUACCUUAAGGAUGGCCUGGAAUUUUGGUCACCUCUGAAAUAUAUUAGUUUCAUUAAGCCAUAGGCCCACAUUAUGGAGAAAAAGCAGAUAAGGGAAGUUCCCUGUUACCAGAAAGAAAAGUCCUUCCACCCAUAAAUAGUGUGUGAUGAAACACUUCCUGAAAUAUUUAAUUGUGCUGUCCAGCAAUAGAGUUACCCUACAAAAAAUCCUGUAAACAUUACAUGAAUCUUAGCAGUAUUAAGAACACAGAAUGGCUCAAAUUUGUCACUUCAUUGUAACAAAAUUAUAUAUAAUAGGACACACACUAGUAACAAUGCAGGAAAUAAGAGAAAAUAGAUUUAUUGGAUACAAUAACUUAAAUUUAUUUUCAAUUAACACAUAAUUAACAGUACCCGUAUGAAAUAACGUCUCUAAAAUUCUACAAAAAUGAGGAUUAAAGAACUGUAGUCUAUCAACAAAUGUGAUUCAUAUGCGACUGCCCCAAAAACAAAUGAGUGCCAGAAAUUUCUGUGCAAUAUGGUCAUUAAAAAAUUCCAAAAUUCAACACAUUACCACAAAGCAAAGUGCUAAGAUAAUCAAUUAUGUUAUUACCACACUUUUGUACAAAAGAUAAUUUACAAGCUAGUGCACCACAUAAGAGUACAUAUCAUGACAUACUGGGCCUACACAGAAUAUUACCAAAAACCAGAGGGGUACUGUUUACAUGUUGUAUACUAUUAACAAAUGUUUGUACAACAAGUGGUUUACAAGAUACAGUGCCACAUAUCAGUAAGUGUCAGUAAGGCGCAUGAUAUAUUUAGAAGAGUGUGUGUGUCAGCACACCUCCACACAAAAGCAGGUCUACAAGCAAAUGCACGUCUGAUACCAUACACUAUGUCAGUCAGUGCACUAUAUACAUGGCUUAAACUAACCAAGAAAAGUAAAAUAUAUUUACUAGAGUGUGUGAGUGUGUGUGUGUGUGUGUGUGUGUGUGUGUGUGUGUGUGUUAGCACACUUUUACACAUAAGCUGACCUUCAAGCUACUGCACCCCAUCAUUUACACUAUGUCAAAGAAAAGGUGGUAAUUGGGUAGAGGAUGCCCGAUCGUCCACCCACUGACUAUAUUAUUACCCAGAAACCAUACAUUUGCAUCACAACUGCAUAUAUUCAGUAAUUAAAGACACUGAUGUUACGUAGUUACAAUAGGGUAUUGUUAUAAAUUUGUAAUUUAAUUCAGCUACUCUAUACUGUCUGUCAAAGGAAAGGUAAGAAAUAAUACUUUGCUACUUAACAUUUUGAGAAAUUGAAAACUUCAGCUUUAUGUUAUGGCAGCCUGGAAACUCAAUUCCUUGGAUGUUAUCAUCACUACAGAAUGUAUCUAGAAAAAAUUGUAAUUCUUUUAAAAAAAGGAGAAACAAUCCUCUGAUGCAUAGAUAAGGCUGUCUUUACCUUGGCUGAACUGUUUCAUAUUUACAAUAGUCUUUGUUUUGCCUGUUAUAGGAAGCUACUGCAUUCAGGCAGUUACCACACAACUUGUCAAACUUCUUUGCCCUCCCUAUAACAUACCCAGCAAUGUGAUAUAACACAUUUCUUUCAGCAUUACAUAAUUCAUCUUCACAAUUGAUAACAUGUUCAUCCCAGUCUUUUGGAAUCUUAAACAAAGGCUGAACAACAAAUGAUUGGGUGUGUUUAACUGAAUAUUGGUCCAGAAAACUAGAAAGGUAAGCAGAAUCACAUUCGUCAACGGAACUCUUCCCUACAUCUGAGAAAUACUGAUCAACACAAAUUGUUUUCAAAUAAUUUUUGAACUGCAAUGGGUACCUUCUGAAUGCUUCUGACACACGAGAACAAAUUUUCGAGACAAUCUUGUGUAAAUCUAGCAGUAAGCAAAAAUUUGUAAUUCUUGUUGAUCAAAAAGAGUUCCUGUAAAUCAAGUACAGUCGUACACCUCUUUGAACUGGUUUUCAGUGACCAUAUUUUCCAAUUGCCAUAUGCUCAAAUAUCAUCAUCACUUCAUUCAGCAAAGUAAUAGCCUCUUCAUAAUUUUCUGGGUUGAAUGUGCUGAGGGCAGUGACUGGAUGUUUAGAAGUCAUUGUGGAAAACCACUUAUCAACCAUCUCCACAAACCAGGCUGUUGUGUAAUCUGCUUUUUCUGUUUCUGAGGAUAUGAACUUCAGACCACAAUUGGUUUCAUGACAGAGAAAAUUUCGUGCACCAGAAACUUUCAUUUUACUGAAUUUAUUUGGUUCUAUGAGGGCUAUCCACAAAGUACAUUAGGUUUUGGAAUUAAAAGUAAAUAAAGUAUUGGAAUUUUUUUUAUUAUAUACCACGCCUUCAACCACGUGGUUCCCUCUCUUGAAGCUGUGUGUCGUCAUCAAAACGCUUCAUUGCUGGGAAUAAGUGGAAGGCGCUCGGUGCCAGGUCAGGACUGUACGGCGGAUGAGGAAACAACUCCCACUUAAAAGAUUCGAGAACUUCACAAGUGGCAUCUGCUGUGUGGGCCCGGGCGUUGUCGUGAAUCAGCAAGAUCUUUGAGCCCAACUUUCCCCUGCGCUUGUUUUGUAUUGCUCUUCUGAGGUUGUGCAGAGUUUGGCAAUACCUUUGACAGUUUAUUGUAGUGCCACUUUCCAGGAAAUCCACAAAAAAUCACACCUUUUCUGUCCCAAAAGAAGAGGUAACCGUGCGGUUGAAGGCGACAAAGGAGUUUCCAAGCUCGUCCAUUGCUACGAUAAGUGCCUUAAUUUAAAUGGCAACUAUGUAGAAAAGUAGUAUUUAAGUGUGGCUUUCAUCUGUAUAUAAUUAAAAAAAUGUUCCAAUGCUUUAUUUAUUUUAAAUUCCAAAACAUAAUGUACUUUGUGGAUACCCCUCGUAUUACAUCCAUUGUUAGUUUUGGAGCAAGUUUAAAGUCAUUAUGCUGAUCAAAAUGAUGUAGAUCCUUAAUGUGAUCACAGUCAACAACUGUGGAUGGCAGCUUAUACUUUUCUCUUAUCCUCUCUGGAAUGUUUAUAAUAGUGUUUGACUGCAAGCAUUGUCUAACGUUUUUUAAAAGGUGUGGCACAUCUGCAAUGAAAUAUAUUUUUCUUGGUGGAUCUUCAGGGUUUAAAAUAUAAUUCUGAAUGACAGAGUUUUUUCUAGACGCAAUUCCAAAUUGUUUCCACAUACUUUGAUUUGCAGGACCCAUAUUUGAUGUCACACAAUGUACACGUAGUCCUAUAUUUUCACUACACUUAAUGAUUUGUAAAAUAAUGUCACACAAAACUUUUCCAUUUAUACUACUUCCAGUAAAGUGAUGAGUCACUACCUGUUUCCAUCUGGAAGUGAUACCACCCAAAAGAAAAACUCAAGCAUGUGUGGCCACACCUUCAGACAUGGAAGUGUAACAUUACCUGUAAAUUCACCUGUCCCCACAUCAGAUUACCUGCUCGGAGUAAUUGACAUUUCAUCAAACAGUAAGACACAGUCACAUUCUUUCUCCCUCAUAGUCUUAACCUUUUCCUUUAAAAGGGAACAUAUUUUGGUCAAUAAUACCUGAACUGAAAUUAAAAUCUUGAAGCCUUCUUCGUAGUGUGCGCUGAGAUGGAAAUGGAAAACUACAAUGAUUAAAAAGUCAAAUCCUUUGCCACCACAUGCAAAUUUCACCUGAAGAGCCUUUUUCACACUACAAGCUGUCCACUUAACUUUUUUCUGGUGUGAAGAGUUCAUUUGAUUGACAUUAAAUAAUCUUUUUAAUAUUUGUGGAACAGUGGUAAACACAUUGCCAAGUUUCUUUCUUGUAUGGAUAUUCUUUAAAGUAAGGUCACUGACCUUCUUAAGAGCUGAUAUUUGUCUUUGCUGUGCCUGAAUAUAUUCUUCUAGCUCCCUUAAUUUAACCCUAAGCUCAUCCACACUACACACGGGCUCUUCUUCACACUGCUGCUGGAAUUCUGCAAUUGAUUCCACUGAAGGGCUACUGCACUCCUUUUCAGAAGUAGACUGCGGUUGAUGUAGUGUCAGUUUUCUUCUUUUUUCCUUUUGUGGUGUGUGGGGAAAAAUGGCUGGUGUGGCAGUUGACCUGAGUUUCCUUUUGCCAUCAACCCUGACUUUCUCCCACUGGUCAUUAGUGAAAUGUUUCUGUAAGAAAAAGAACAUAAUUGUCAUUACUUGAUACACUAAUUGACUAACAUGUUUACAUGAUAAGGCCACUACAGAAAGAAAGAAAGAAAGAAAAUGAAGACAGAAAUCCGAAAUCUGGGAAGCUUCCUGCCCUGACAGCAGUAAUGAAAUAGUUAUAAAACUACAAUCAGAUUACCUGGAAUUACUAACAGUGGCCUAGAAAUCAAAUGACAUUUGUGGAAAUAUUCAAUUCAGUACUGUUAAAACCCUUAUGACACUGAAGGACGUAAUUAUUACGUCUGCAGCUUAGCAAAAUUCUUAGACAUUAGUUACACAAUCCCAUUUCAAUUCUAUGUUUAUAAGAAUAUCUUCGCGUAGAUAAGAGUACUUGGUUGGUUUCCACAAGGCUCGUGUUUGAUUUAUGUCAGCCCUGUUGACUGCGACUGCCCACUGCUUUUGUCUUUUUUCAUUGCUUGGAAAUGCUGACAUGCGAAAUCCACCUUCGCCUCUAUUGGAACAACCAAAUGCAGCACAACCUGUGAUUGUUUACGAACAUCUGCAGAAUGAAUUACAGAUGUCAAAAACAAUACUGUACAAUUACUUCAAACGUGUAGGCAUACUGACUUCAUCACAAAACGCUUCAUUAUUUCAACUCGUUUUUAAGAUCGCACAGGCUAAUUACAUACUAAAAAUGAUAUACAACUAAAUUGAACAUGCAUGCACAAUACAUAACAAAUCUCUCAAUAAUUCAAAUAACUUUUAAUCGUCUCCAAAAGCCUCUGAACUUCAAUUCAGCUCAAAAGCACGGCGAACAUAGGAAGCGCGAGAGACAUAUGGCAGAAAAAUGGCGCGGAGGCUAAUCAACCAAUCCCGGGCAACUUUACCUAUGGCCACUCUCUCUGUAUACACGCUCUCCAGUUUUACCUCCGAGACUGCAACUGGCGAGUACGUGCUCGGGCUCCCGGUUUGAGGGGUUAAAACAGGGUUCAACACACAACCCCAUAAAGCAUUGUUCACACUGAUAAUGUGUCUACUUGUGAGUUGCUUUCCCCACUUCCUUUCUUUGAUUUUUAAGAACGAGUAUGACACAAACUGCCAUUUAUCUGGUAAUAAAUAUGCAACCAGUCACUUUUUUACGAUUUAUUCAGCCACAAACAUAUUUUCGAGCCACUGCAGGCUCGUCUUCAGAUGGAGGUGUACAGAAACAUUAUGUUGUGGACCAAGUGUAGCUAGAUGCAAUCCUGGUAAGUGAGUGCACUGCCUUGUGGUUUUCACAUCAGGUUGCUUCUUAUAACAUGCAUUAUUAAGCUAUGUACACAAAUAAACUCAGUAUGUAGCUACAAAUACUAACAAAGAGAUAGAGGGGCUGGCCAGUACUUACCUCAGCUCAGUACAGCCGAUAGAUACACAAAACAGAACAGAAAAUUUAUGUAUCCUAGCUUUUGGAACUUUGUACCUUCGUCAGGGAGCGGAGAGAGGAAAAAAGGGGAAGAAGGGAAAGUGGAUUCAGUUACUCACAGCCCAGGUUAUGAAGCAACAGUGGAAAGGUAAACAGGGAGGGUAGCAAAGAUGGAAGCAUGGGUGUCAGAGGGAAGCCAAAGAUAUUCUGCUGUAAGUACUGUGCCAGCUUCAAACCAAAGAGGCUGCAUACAGGAGUAAAGAGGUAUAUAGUAUAAAGAUAAACAGAACUAUGUAGGAUGAAAAGAUGGACGAAUGGCUAAAGAGGAAAGGGAAAGAGGAGAAGACUGAAGAGUAAAUGGGAGUGAGGUCGGUUAAGGUAGGUUCAGUCCAGGAGGAUGGCGGGAUGAAAGGAUGUGUUGGAGUGCAAGUUCCCAUCUCCACAGUUUAGAGGGACUGGUGUUGGGUGGGAGAAGCCAAAUGGCACAUAUGGGGUAGCAGGUUCCUAGGUCCCUAGAAUUAUGCUGGAGGGCAUACUCUGCUACUGGGUAUUGGACAUCUCCUAGGCGGACAGUUCGUCUGUGCCCGUUCAUGCGCUCAGCCAGUUUAGUUGUCAUCAUACCGACGUAAAAGGCUGUGCAGUGAAGGCAUGUCAGCUGAUAAGUGAUGUGUGUUGUUUCACAUGUGGCCCUGCCUUGAAUUGUGUA